AAUGACGUUGGGAGGCUGCCCGCGUUAGUGCCUGUUGUACGGUCCAAUGACCGCCGAACAGAGUCAUGACCGGUCCUGCUAGAAGGCUAGCAGGACCCCUGUCUCAGAACCACCUCAGUCCGGAAACAGAAAUUCUCGAGACCGGCACUGCCAGAGCCAGCUCUUGCACGGAAGGGAGUGCACAUGCGCCUAGGGGUCCUGGGAAACCCUUAAAUACCAGGCGCGGGUGCACUCAAGAUUCAGCUCCACCUGUAACCCACCUCCAUGGCCGAGGAAGGCAUUGCUGCUGGGGGUGUAAUGGACGUUAAUACUGCUCUGGAAGAGGUGCUGAGGCCCGCUUUCAUCCGCGAUGGCCUAGCACAUGCCCAUCUCUGUGUGCUUGCAUCCAACUGUGAUGAGCCUAUGUAUGUCGAGUUGGUGGAGGCCCUUUGUGCUGAGCACCAAAUCAACCUGAUUAAGGUUGAUGGCAAGAAACUAGGGGAAUGGGUAGGCCUCUGUAAAACUGACAGAGAGGGAAAACCCUGUAAAGUGGUUGGUUGCAGUUGUGUGGUGGUUAAGGACAAUGGCAAAGAGGCUCAGGCCAAGGAUGUCACCGAGGAGUAUGUCAAAUGCAAGAAAUGAUCAAAUAA